CGACUGUGCGUUUUUCGAGAUACCCCGUAUUCGCUGCUCUACGCUUGUUUGAUCGCAACGAAAAGCGAUUGAGCGCUCAAUAGACGCUCUACACCUCAAAAUCCUGCACAUCCUGCACCAUGACCGAGGUGAUCAGAGACGAGGAGGUGCGCAGGCGCAUCCGUCUUGCGCAGGAGUUUUUGGACCCAGAUGAUGUGUCUCGACGAAGCUACCGCCCCGAUAUUCUGGUGAUGUUGAACAGGGGACAGAGGAGACUGACGGUCAGCAUCGACGAGAUCCGAACACACAACCGCGAACUGGCCGACGGCCUCCUGAACCAACCCUUCGACUUCGCAGAGGCCUUCGACCGCGCCCUCAAGAGUGUCGUUGAAGCGUUCGCCGACCGCCCCAAAUCUGAGUCUGGCCCCGAUGUCGUAUACUACUGCGCCUACAUUGGCAGCUUUGGCGAGUACUCUUGCAACCCGCGCACACUCAGCUCGAAUCAGCUCAACCACAUGGUGUCGCUGGAAGGUAUCGUCACAAAGACAUCGCUCGUGAGGCCCAAGGUGGUCAAGAGUGUGCACUACAACGAGAACAAGCAGAAGUUCCACUUCCGCGAGUACAGAGAUCAGACCAUGACAACGGGUGCUGCGAGUACAAGCGUGUACCCCACUGAAGACGAAGAAGGCAACCCGCUCGUCACCGAGUAUGGCUACUGUAUCUACAGAGACCACCAAACCAUCUCGAUCCAAGAGAUGCCCGAGCGCGCACCUGCCGGUCAGCUGCCGCGAUCUGUCGAUGUUAUUAUGGACGACGAUCUGGUCGACCGCGUCAAGCCUGGCGACCGUAUCCAGCUCGUUGGUAUCUAUCGCUCGCUGGGAAACCGCAAUGCCGGCGCCGGCAGCUCGACUUUCCGCACACUCAUCCUCGCCAACAAUGUGAUUCUGCUCUCGUCCAAGUCUGGCGGCGGUAUUGCGCAAGUCAGCAUCACCGACACAGACAUCCGCAACAUCAACAAGAUCGCAAAGGGCAAGCGCGUUUUCGAGCUCCUGUCGCAGUCAUUGGCGCCAUCGAUAUACGGCCACGAUUACAUCAAGAAGGCCAUCUUGCUGCUGUUGCUGGGAGGACAGGAGAAGAACCUUGAUAACGGAACACAUUUGAGGGGAGACAUCAACAUCCUUAUGGUCGGUGACCCCUCGACAGCCAAGUCGCAGCUGCUCCGCUUCGUGCUCAACACCGCUCCUCUUGCUAUCGCUACAACCGGUCGAGGAUCUUCCGGGGUCGGUCUGACAGCUGCCGUUACCUCAGACAAGGAGACAGGCGAGCGUCGUCUGGAAGCUGGUGCCAUGGUUCUGGCCGACCGAGGUGUUGUCUGUAUCGAUGAGUUUGACAAGAUGUCUGAUGUCGAUCGAGUGGCUAUCCACGAAGUCAUGGAGCAGCAGACCGUCACCAUCGCCAAAGCUGGUAUCCAUACCUCUCUCAACGCCCGUUGCAGUGUCAUCGCAGCCGCGAACCCUAUCUUCGGCCAGUAUGAUAUCCACAAGGACCCGCACCGCAAUAUCGCCCUCCCCGAUUCUCUCCUCUCUCGUUUCGAUUUGCUCUUCGUUGUCACUGACGACAUCGAGGAUGCUCGCGACAGGCAGAUCUCAGAGCACGUCCUCCGCAUGCACCGUUACCGGCAAGCGGGUACUGAGGAGGGUGCACCAGUCCGUGAAGACGGUGCUCAGCUUCUUGGUGUAGGCCUCGACACUGACGCCGACGCCAACCGCCCUACAGACGUGUAUGAGAAGUUCAACCCUAUGCUUCACUCGGGAGUCACAGUCACAGUUGGCCGAGGCUCAUCGAGAAGGACUGAAGUACUCAGCAUCCCCUUCAUCAAGAAGUACAUUCAAUACGCGAAGCGUGAGAAGCCGAUCCUUACCAAAGGCGCAGCUGAUCACAUCGUUGCCACCUACUCCGCGCUGCGAAAUGAUGAGCUUGAUGCGGGAACCCGCCGUACCUCUCCCAUUACCGCACGUACUCUCGAAACACUUAUUCGUCUCUCGACAGCGCACGCAAAGUCUCGCCUGUCAAAGAGGGUCGAGCAGAAGGACGCAGAUGUUGCCGAGCAAAUCUUGCGCUUUGCCCUCUUCAAGGAAGUCGUCGAGGAUGACCGCCGCAAGCGAAGGCGGACUGCUCGUGACCCGGAUGCUAUGUCAACAGACGAAGGCGAGUCUGAUAACGACGACGAGGAUGGUGACGAGCAAGAGACUACAGCUACACCACGCACUGGUGGUCCUUCUACACGCAGUCAACGCACGACGACAGCUACACGCACACCAGCACCCGCCGAUGACGAUGAAGAGGGGGACGACAGCGAACUCUACCGCGUCACGCCCAGAACACAGCGCACCACACAGCGUACAACAGACCACACUCAAUCGUCCCGAGCCGGGCCCUCAUCACAAGUCAGCGCCGCAUCCUCACGUCCUGAGUCGCAACUCCCACCCACACAGACCGACUCUCAGGAGUCGCAAGACCUCACACCAGCACGAUUGCAGGUCUUCCAGACCGCUCUCGGUCAUCUCAUCGACGGGCCGCUGUUCGCCAAUGAUGCUGCUGAUGUCGAGCCGCUUGUCGCUGCUGUCAACGCCAGGUUGGGCGGCGGAGCUGGAAGGCAAGCAUUCGAUGCUGAUGAGGCAGAGAAGGCGCUUGAGACGCUCAAUGAGCAGAACAAAAUCAUGUACUCUGGUGGUAUAGUGUACAAGAUCUAAGGUGAUUUGUAGUGGGGUGGAUGUGGGAUACGAUCUGGUGCAUUAUUUUAAUGUCAGGCUAGAUGCCACGAUUGGGCAUUGGAGUAGGCGUUUUGUGAUAGUCAUGUUGUGAAAUC